AUGUAAGCUGAUUCAGAAGUGAAAAUUGUCAAUUUUAGUCUUUCUAAUAGAUUAAAUAACUAGAAGUUAUUAAAAACACAAAUAGAUAGCUAAUAUAAUGUAUCGCCUGAUAUUUUAUUAGGUAAAUAUGAUUACAGAUGUGAUAAUUGGAGUUUGGGCUUUAAAUUAGUCGAUAAGGAUUAGACUGGAGUUAUUAGAAUUAGUGAAUUAUAGAAAAUUAUGGAAUAGGAAGGAUUUAAACAUUCGAAAAAAGAAAUUUAGGCUUUAAUAAGAAAUAUUUCAAACGAAAGUUAGGUAGAGAAUUUAGUUAUUAAGUAUUCAGAGUUUAUUGCUGCAACUUUAAAUUAAAUUUAAUAUUUAAAAGAAGAAAAAUUAUGGUCGCUUUUCAAAUAUUUAGACUCUUCGAAUACUAAUUCGGUUACAGUGUCAGAUUUAUAAGAAUGGUUUUUGAGAAAUGGGAGAGAUAUUUCAGUUUUGGAUAUUUAGAAAAUGUUAGAUGAAUUACAUUUGGAAAAUAAAAAUUAAAUCACUUUUAAUGAAUUAAAAUAAUUGAUGACUGGAUAAAAUGUUAAUUAUAUUAAUUGA